AUGUCUAAUAUGAGGCACAACAUAGCACUACUUAUGUCGAAUUUACCAUUGUUGCUAUUACUGAUCACAAGUGCAUUUUCUGCAGACAUAAAAAUUUGUAUAAACGAUGGAAGAAUCCACUGUUUCGUGUAUGUAAUCGCAUUGACAGAUGAUAAUGUUAAUGAGGAGAGUUUUUUAUCGCAUGGUGAAAUGCCCGAUCUUCUAAAUUCAUACGAGGAAGCCAAUGUAAUCGCAUCAAAUUUCGUAGAUAACACGUGUAAAACACUCAAAAUAUCAGGCAUAGGUAAAAUAUCUGUCAAGGUAUGGCCUUUUGUUUCCACCACUGAGGUUGCUAACUUGGAUCAGCUCAAUAUACCUGCAAGCUUCGACAAAGUACACCAAACAAUUGAUAUAAUUGAUGCUAAUGCUAAGGAGACUAUUACAUUUAAUGUUAGCUUGGGCUAUAACUCAGUUUCUGGGUCUAUCAUUGUUAGCGGUGGGCAAAUUGACCAUAAAUCACUUUUAGUUGGUGCUAUGAAUGAGUUUAAUCAUACAUUUGUCGGUAAAGUGGCAAGCGAUUUUACCUAUCAAGUGAAUAAUCUGCCUAAGGGAAACUAUCGCAUAUUUCCAAUCAAAUUAGAUACGAUUGUGCACAUACCUAAAGAGGCCAAAAUUUUUUGUUCAAAUUACUACGUAAAGGAACCUCAUCACUCCUGUAUUUACACACAUAGCUAUAAUUCUGGUAUUGAUAGAUUGAAUGUAAAAAGUACCACAAUGAGGAGUGAAAUUGACUAUUUAAAUCAAUCAUUAAAUGUAACAGGAUCAAUAAAUAAUGUUGACCUUGAUAUUUUUGGAAAUCCAAAAGAUUCUACCAUAUCAUUAAUACUGAAAUCUAAUAGGAGUGCUCUGUACACUGUUGAAUUGCAUGAAUUUAUUGGGUGCAAAAAUAGCACAAAGAAGGUAGCACAAUCUAUUACUCGUAUGGAAAACAUUGAUUUCCAUGGGCUUAAAGAAGGGAAAUAUCUCGUACAAGUUUGGCUAUCUUCUCCAGGCAUUAACUCCACUGAUGUAAGGAAUAGUAAGAGUGGAUUGAUGUCAGAAACUACCGUAUCAAUUAAACCCUAUGGCGGUACAACAUACAUUGGCAUAGACUUUGAUUUGCUGCAUAAAGAUAAAAGCUAUGUUGGCGAGGAUGAUCUCAUUUUUAAUGCAUUUGUAGAAUUCCUAAUUAGAAUAUUCGGCAGAAUUCCGGUUCACAUUAUGUGUUGGGGGUUAUUAAUUUACGGUUUGCGGUCAUACUAUGGUGAUCAAUUUGAUAAUUUUGUGAAUAUGAAGAUUAGGAGUCUGCUUAUGCAAACUUCUAUAAAAAAUAAGAAGGAUAAUAAAAAAAAUAAAUGA